AUGGCUUAUGCUGCUCUUUCUUCACUUAUGUAUACUUUAGAACAACUCUUCAAACCUAAUCAAUCUUUCCUUUGUCGAUGCUCUACACAACAACAUCUUCAAUCUCUCUAUCAAAAUCUUUCUGCUUUGCAACUUUUCCUUGACAAUACUACCACAAAUGAUAUUGAAACUCUUAAGUUUAUAGAAAAGAGGAUCAGAGAUGUAAUAUACAAAGCAGAAGAUAAAGUUGAUUCAAGCCUAAGAAGCAUCAUUCUAGCUGAUUGCACAGAGAGUAGACAAGGGGCUUGUAAAUUCUUCGACGAAGAAUUGGUAAAAGUGGAAAAAGAUGUUGAUUCUCUCAGGCAAGAGGUGAUGCAGAUUGAGUUUAACAAGCAUGGAAGCAGAUCCGCAGAACUAGCAGCAGCUCCCUCCUCACCAGAAAAAAGUAAAAUUGAGGAAAAUACUAUUGUUGGGAUGGAGGAUGACUUCAACACCAUACUUGAUCGCCUCACUGCCCAAACAGACGAGUUAACUGUCAUACCAAUUUUUGGUAUGGGAGGUAUAGGUAAGACAACUCUUGCCAGAAAAGUUUAUGAUGAUUCUUCUAUUUGUUCUCGAUUUGAUAAACAUGCAUGGGUCACUAUCUCCGAAGAAUACAAUGAGAGACAAAUGCUUCUUGAAGUUGUUUCUUCAAUUACUGGAAGCAAUCAAGAAAUGAGCGAUGAUCAACUAAUGGAGAUUGUGCACAGAGGUCUGAAGGGUUGGAGAUUUCUAAUUGUCAUAGAUGAUAUUUGGAGUACUAAGGCAUGGGACCAAAUUCAAAGAAUAUUUCCUAAUGAUGACAAUAAAAGCAGAAUUCUAUUAACCACAAGGCUCAAGUAUGUUGCUGAUUAUGUUAGUUGUCCUGAUUUCCCCCCUCAUUGUAAGUCUUUUCUCACUCUAGAUGAUAGUUGGAAUCUAUUUACUGGAAAAUUGUUCAAAAAAGAAGUGUGUCCUCCUCUACUUGUAGAAAUAGGGAAGCAUAUUGUACAACAAUGUCAAGGGUUACCUCUCUCGGUUAUUGUCGUUGCGGGACUUGUUGGAAAAAUGGACCCAACGUAUGAUAAUUGGCAGAAAGUUGAGGAAAAUCUGAAGUCAUUCUUCGGUACAGUAUCCGAACGGUGCCAAUCAAUUCUUACUUUGAGCUACAAUUACUUGCCCCAAUAUUUGAAGGCUUGUUUUCUCUAUGUUGGAGGUUUUCCAGAAGACACAGAGAUUAAUGUUUCCAAGUUGAUUAGGCUAUGGAUUGCUGAGCAAUUCGUAAAGGCAAGAAAGGAUAAAAGAUUAGAAAUGGUGGCAGAGGAGUAUCUACAAGAGUUAAUUGAUAGAAGUCUGAUUUUGACUGGUACACAAAGUGCUAAUGGAAGGAUGAGAAGUUGCAAAAUUCAUGAUCUUCUUCGCCAACUAUGCCGAACUGAAACUCGUACUGAAAAUGUUGUGCAUGUCAUGAAUGGGAAUGUCCUCAUGUCCUUAUUAGAAGUAAUAGAUGAUCAGCGGCGAGUUAUAGGUCUGUGUAACCAUGAAGAGAAGCAAGUUUAUCCUCCAAUGCAUAGCAAUUGUACAGCAAGUAUAGCUCGUACCUUUAUUUCAAUGCAAUUUUUAUAUUACCCUGGUUUUCCAGAAAGGAUUUGUUCCAUUGUUUCAGAGUUCAAGUUACUUAAGGUGUUGGACGUAUUAACAGUUUGGUACGAUUUCUCUGGUGUAAUACCUCAACUUGUACAUUUGAAAUAUGUUGCUGCAAAAAUUAAGGGAAGUCUUUAA